AUGACACUCGACGGCUGGCUCCACUACCAGGAUCCCACUCUACCUCAAUUCUCCUCCUUGACUUAUCUCUACGUCGCCAUUCUUGCUCUGAUUCAUUCCAUUGAGAUAGUGGGACGUGGUAGCGCGGCAGGCGGCAUGGCGCUUCUGUUCGCUGGGAUGGGUGUGCACAUGGGGCGAUCGGAUUCUUCGGAGAAGAGGAUGGAUGCUCUUGUCGAGAAGUCCGAAAAGGCAGGAUACAUCGGGUGGGACAUUGCAGAGUUUCAAAGAGUACAAGCUGUCGUGCGAUCCGCUCUCCCGUCCCAGUAUUUUGUCUUCAGUCCUCCUCACGGCAACGUCGGCGGUACGGUACUCGAGGCUCUGAUGCCUUCCCUAUCGCGCGACAACCAUCAACUUGACUAUGGAAACGAACACUAUGAGAGAACAUCGAACGCCGAUGACACAAGUUCCAAUGGCCUAGUGCACGAUGCAUUGGCUGUGGUAUAA